CGUGCUGCCCUCUCUCCCUGUGAUGAUCACUGGCCGCUGCUCUGUUCCGCACCACCACCUCCGCCCUCAACUUUCGCCCUUUCCCGAACGCAAACUCCACACCGCCUCUACCGCGGCUCUCGCUCCGUACUUCGCUGCAGACGCCGCGCAAGCGCCCACCGCAGCGCUUCUGCAAGCUGUCAGCAGAGCGGCGCAAGUCUGACACGCAGCUGCGGCGGUGCUCCUGACUUUGUCCGCCCCAGCGCCAUGGCGCUGCGUGCUCGCUUCGCCGGCUUCAUCCGUCCCACGACGGAGAACUGGCACAGCGGCCAUGCUGACCCACGGCUCCAUCACUGCGGCGCCGACGCGCACCGCAAGACGACACUGCACUCUCGCCGCGAGUUUGUCGGCGUCGGCGAGGACGCUAUCUCGUUUGAGACACAGCCAAGUGUCGGAGAUGAGCCGACGGAUUCAAGCCUCGUCGAUGCUCACUCGACGAGCUCUUCUUGCGACAGCAGCCGCAGCGACAAGGACGAGAUCGAUAGUAGAUCCGAUCGGUACCUGCCGCACUACAUCGACAUUGAGCUGGCAGGCGGCGCUGCCGCUACCGAAAGAAGCAGAGAGAUUGUUCGCGACCUGAAGGAGGAGCCGGCGUAUGCUGCGUUCCACAGCUUGAUACAAGAGCUUGAUGCGCCUGGCUACACGGCCGAGUUCGGCGCCGAGGCCGGGGAGCGCAGAGUCGAAAGCAUGGACUGCGGCGAUGACGCGGAUGGUCAGCCGAGGGCAAGGCGAGACACGGACACGCACGACGACAGAAGGCUGCGCGAUGCCUUUGCUGCUCUUGCGAAUCUUGUCGCCGCGCAUGUGCGGGACCCGCAAGCCUCCCCGCCGGCGCCAACGUUUGCGUCCCGCUCGGAGCCUCGCAUCUGGUACACGGAGUCUGUAGAUCGCUGCAAGCCCAACAUCUGCGUCCAGUACGAGGGCGGCGGCGACGCCUUCUCCCAGGUCGUAGCCGUUGGAGAGGUCAAGGCUGCAACAAGAGAAGACGAGAGGGACAGCCUCUUGACCAAGCUAUGUCGCUACGCAGCGGCACUCGUCGGCAGACGUCCCUUCGUCACUGUCUGUCAUGGCUUCACGCUCUGCGGCUCGGUACUGCGUCUGUGGCGUUUAGAUGCGCAGUCGAAUGCGUGCACCAUGGCCGUGGAUCUGUGCGGCGGCGACGAGCAUCUGCAGAGAUUCGUCGCCCUUGUCGCCUUCCUCACGGGCGAAGAUGCGCUGCGGCGCUGGUCUCCGGCGGAGAGCGACAGGUUUCGCCUGUGCAACGUGCGUGGAGAGGAGGAAGAGUUCGUCUGGGCGCAGGCGCCGCAGCAGCUCAACAGGAACUUCGAGCUCUUCGGCACACGCAUGUGCUGUUGGGGCGGCAAGGCAUACAAACUCGGCGAGCGAGAUUCCAUCGACGUCGUGCUCAAGCUCUCGUGGAUACCGCCGCAUCUGGUCGAUCACGAGGGCGUCGUCCUAGAGCAUCUGAAGGCGCAGCAGGUCCAAGACGUGCCGCAUCUGCUCGGCCGCCUGCUUCUCGAGCCCGACCUCACCGACAUUGCGUCAAACGGCGCGGCCUUUGAGCUCGAAGCCUCGUACGAAGGAGCCGCUCACGAGAGAUCCGGUCUCUUCGUCCCCGAAAUGAUGCGCUGGUCACGCCGCGGCAUGGCCCUCUCCGCAUUCGCUGUGCGCAGCCCGAUCGGCUACAGUAUCGACGAAGCCUCGCCUUCGGUGGCGCUGGACUUGCUGCGCAUGUUUCGCGGCCUCGGCAAGAUGCUUCGCCGCGUCGCUGAAGCCGGUGUGCGUUACCGCGAUCUAAACACCGGCAACGUCCUCCUGCCACCCGUCGAUGCGGAUCCGGCUGCGCCUGCGGUGCUGCUCAUCGACUUUGGCAACGCGCGCAUAGGCGACACUCCCCGCGGCAACUUGCCUGCCGAUGGCGCUGCCGCGUCGUCCAAUGCCGGUAUUACUGCGCCACUGAUCGUGCGUCUCAGCGCCGAUGACGCGCGCAGCAUCAACGAGUACUUCGUUCCGCGGAAGACAAUCAUGGGCGCAACGGCCGUCCAGGAUGUGGAGCGAAAGUUCGCAGAGCGUGAGCUGGCUCGUGCUGCAGCUAGCCAGGGGGAAACAUCCUCGAAGAAGCAGGGGCUGUUGCGCAAUGCCGAGACCGACUUUGAUCGCGCUAUGGAGAAGCUCGAAGCGCUUCAGCACCGCCCUAUCGACGACCUAGAGUCUGCUACGUGGUGCUUUCUCUGGCAAGUCAGUCGGCGUCGCGACGGCGUGCGCAUGUACCGCAUGUUUUCUGACUUCCAUGCGCAGAGUGCAGAGUGCGGCACCAACGACCUCGAGGGCCUGCACGACCUGAAGCACGACGAUUUCAAGGCCAAGUGGCUGACGUACGGCAACACGACCGCACGCAGUGAGGUCGUCGAACGAUUCGGUCUGCAGAGCGACGCUUUGAAAGAACUGCUUCAGAGCGAUGACGGACUGCCGUACUAUCUCUUUCACGACGAGACUCGCGAACAGAGCACUCCGCCGCGUCGCGACAUCCACUCGUCGCCUGGCGCAGCAACCUCGCUCCUGCGGGAUCGCGAUCGCGACGCAUUUGAUGAAUGGGAGUCGGCAUUCGCGAGGGCGAUCGCAACUGAGGAGCAGGCGGUCUCUGUCAGGGCCGCCGCCGCCGCCGCUGCCCCUGGCGCAGAUGCCGCUGCCGCUACCGCCGGAGCUCCCGCUGGCCGUGCCACAUCCGCUCCGCUAAAGCAGCGCGACAACACCGCAGCCGAAGCACGAGCGAGAGCGCCGGUGUCGAAGGCGACCAACAUGGCGCCGCGUGUCGACGGGCAGAUCCCUGGCAAGUCCGCCUUUCCCUACCCCAAGCGGCCGCGCGAGCCCGAAAGCGGUGCGAUGGCGAACGACACGGUCCCGCGUUCGCGAGCCUCUGAUAGCCGCCAGACGUGACGUGGCUUCUCUCCUCUGCCUGCAUCUCCUCCUACCCGUCCACUCGCACACAU